AUGUUUUUAACAUUCUGUUGUUCCUCGCAGAACAUCUUGAAUCCAGCUUCCACUAUUUCGAACUCACCAUCCAGAGCUGCUGCUCCGCUCAACUCCUCUCCUCAAGGAGAUUCCAGCAACCUGGUUCAAAAUAAAGGUUCCUCCAAUAUGGCGGUUCUGGCUGGAACUUCUGAACAGCAGGAUGAUCAAGGUACCUCCAUUCCUUUGAAAGAGAUAAUCGAAACAACACUUCAAACGUCUGCAGAGGAUUUGCAAAAGGCUCCUCUUCAAAAGUCCCCUCUCGAAACUCUUCAAGAGGACCCAAAGGACACUCAAACUGAAGAAGAGAAAGCUGAUUCUGGGCAAAGAGCCGAAGAAUCUGCAGACGAAGAAUCCGAGGAGGAAAAUGCCAAUGACGGUUCGACUGCUGGGACGGAGUCCAACGCAAAUAGCAGUGAAAGGGAUGGUAUCGAAGUGGUAGACUUGGACGAGGAUGAAGAAGACCAAGAGCACGAAACGAAUGAAGGGGAUGGUAAUGCAACCAACGAACCCCUAGAGGUUGAAACAAACGUGGUUCCCCUACGCGUGGAACUCCCUCAAUCCUCUCUGUCUCGAAUGACUGACGAGGAACUGGCACUUCUGAGACGAAAUGACCCUAUUGGGUACAUGAAGGCAAAGUUGGCUCAGAGGGACGUCCCACUCGCUAGGGCUGGCACAAGUUCGACCAGCUAUCCUCUUCCCACAGAUGAAAGAAUUGUUCUUCUUAACAAAAUUAGGAAAACCAUUCUCAAUGUGGAUAUAUUCUAA